AUGGACUCCCAAACGAACCCCACGUAUUCUGAAGAGGAUUACCGCAUAUCUGUGGACGACGUGAUGUACAUGGUGCGCAUCAACGCUGCCAUCAUGGAUGCCAGGCAUAACUCCAAGGGGGAUAUCCCUCGUUGCGUUACGAAGCUCUCUCCCUCGCCUGAUCCGACGCAGAAGAUGAGCAAGAGGAGUACCGAGCCAUGUCAGCCCGACUUGAAGGGCGGCUGGCGUUGCUGA